UCUUCCUCCUCCUCAGUGCCCAAGUGCCAACUCUCCCGGAGAUGGUUUCGUCCUCCCAAAUGUCUCCCUUUUCGGAUCUCUCUCAUCCUCCCCAUUUCUUCAUUCAUCUUUUCAGGUAAAAUUUGUAUCAUCUCUAUCUCUCUCUCUCUCUCUCUUUCUUUUUACUUCUACAUUUGAUCCAUUUCUAGGGUUUUGCUUUGAUUCAUCUCUCAAUCAAUCAAAACAAUAUGAUAAUAAUAUCAUCUAAUUCAUCAAAAAAUACUAGGGUUAGUGUUUGGUAGACUAGAAAAUAUAUAUAUAUAGUUUUUUCCCAAAUCAUGUUUAACAAAUUAAUCAAACGAGGACAACGAAAGGUUUCCAAAGCGGAACCAAUUGAACCUCCCUCAUCCAAUUAUCCACCUCCGAGUGUGAUCGUCAACCAUGCUUCACGCACCUCCGUUGGCCCGCCGUCCUCGGCCCCCAAUUCUCAACCUCUAUCUAUGGUUGCUCCGCCCAAUUCCGGCGUCGUUGAAGUGUUGCCUAUGUUGAAAGACUCCCCCCCUCAAGACCGGCACGUUUUGUUCCUCCGAAAGCUUCAAAUUUGUUGCUUUUCGUUUGAUUUCUCCGACACGUUGAAGUCGGUGAGGGAGAAGGAGAUUAAGAGGCAAACCAUUUUGGAGCUGAUUGAUUUGGUCCAGUCAGGUACGUGUAAAUUGAAUGAAACUCUUCAGGAAGAGUUGAUUCGGAUGAUUUCAGUUAAUAUUUUCCGGUGUUUACCACCAGCUUCUCAUGAAAAUAGUGGGACCGAAGCUGGUGAUCCGGAGGAGGAUGAUGUGUAUUUGGAGCCGUCUUGGAUUCACUUGCAACUCAUUUAUGAGUUGCUUUUGAGGUAUGUUGUGUCAAAUGAAACCGACACUAAGGUUGCCAAGCGAUACAUUGACCACUCGUUUGUGUUGAAAUUGCUUGAUUUGUUUGAUUCCGAGGAUCCGCGAGAGCGGGAGUAUUUGAAAACUAUUCUGCACCGUAUCUACGGGAAAUUCAUGGUUCAUCGCCCGUUUAUUAGGAAGGCUAUAAAUAAUAUCUUUUACCGUUUUAUAUUUGAAACCGAGAGGCAUAGUGGGAUUGGUGAGUUGUUGGAGAUUCUUGGGAGUAUAAUUAAUGGGUUUGCACUUCCGAUGAAAGAGGAGCAUAAGUUGUUUCUUGUUCGGGCGCUUAUUCCACUUCACAAGCCUAAAUCUAUUUCUGUGUAUCAUCAACAACUGUUGUACUGCAUCACCCAGUUUGUUGAAAAAGAUUAUAAGUUGGCAGAUACAGUUAUUAGGGGGUUAUUGAAGUACUGGCCGGUUACUAAUUGUGGGAAGGAGGUUCUCUUUCUUGGAGAAUUAGAAGAAGUUUUGGAAGCAACACAGCCUCCAGAAUUCCAGCGCUGUAUGGUUCCUCUUUUCAGACAGAUUGGACGCUGCCUCAACAGCUCUCAUUUCCAGGUUGCAGAACGAGCACUCUUUUUGUGGAACAAUGAACACGUAGUCUCCUUGAUUGCCCAGAACCGACAAGUGAUUUUGCCACUCAUCUAUGAAGCAUUGGAGAAGAACAUGAGGGGUCACUGGAACCAGGCGGUUCACGGUCUGACCGCCAACGUCCGAAGAAUGUUCCUGGAAAUGGAUGCCGAGCUGUUUGAAGAAUGCGACCAGCAACAUGCCGAACUAAUAAUAAUAAUAAAAUAA